AACUAGAAUAGAGAAGAACAGCAGCAGCAGCAGCAGCAGCUUUGCUGCAAAACAGUACUAUCUUUCAUCUUCUUCUCUGGUUUCCAAAAAAAAAAAAAAUUAUAUUUUUAUAUAUAUAAAUAUUUAUAUAAAAGAAAUCAUGUGUUUUGAUGUGUUUUUUGUGUGAAAAAUCACUCUUUUAUCCAUUUGGAUUCCAUAAAGCAAUGAUCUUUCAAUCCAAACUCUCCAUGCUGAUGAUCCCCCACUUGCUCUUCUUCUCAAACUUCUCCAAAUCUCUCGCUUUCAUGGCGGAUCAAAGAAGGUUGGCUUCACUGAAAAAACUCCAUCUUUUCCAUCUCUGAAUAUAUUCCUUGCUUAAGAUCCAAUCUUUGAUCUUAUUUAUCCCUCAAAAAGUUUUGAUUUUGCUGAGAAAAAAUCAGUGAAAUCCGGGGAAAAAUGGUUUCCAAAUCAUACUCUAAUCUUCUCGAUCUGGUCUCCGGCGAGCCACCGUCGUUCGCCGGCAUCGGCCGGCGCAUCCCUCGUGUCAUGACUGUCUCCGGCAUCGUCCCCGACCUCGAUGACUCUGAUUCCGACUCCUCCUCCAGUACCGCUCGCGAACGCACCAUCAUCGUCGCCAACCAGCUCCCCAUCCGCGCCCACCGCCUCGCCGGCACCGGCGCCGCCGCCUGGUCCUUUUCCUGGGACGAGAACUCGCUCCUCCUCCAGCUCAAAGACGCCAUCGCUCCCCACUCCGACAUGGAGUUCAUCUACGUCGGUUGCCUCCGCGACGAGAUCCCUCUUUCCGAUCAAGACGAGGUCGCCCAAACCCUUCUCGAGACCUUCAAAUGCGUUCCGGCAUUCAUCCCUUCCGAUCUCCGCACUCGCUUUUACCACGGUUUUUGCAAACAAUACCUCUGGCCUCUCUUCCACUAUAUGCUUCCCCUCUCGCCGGACCUCGGUGGCCGCUUUGACCGCUUUCUCUGGCAAGCCUACGUCUCCGUCAACAAGCUCUUCGCUGAUAAACUCCUCGAAGUGAUAAACCCUGAUGAUGAUUUUGUCUGGGUUCAUGAUUAUCAUCUCAUGGUCCUUCCCACUUUCUUGAGAAAAAGAUUUAAUCGGAUAAAGCUUGGAUUUUUUCUUCACAGUCCUUUCCCCUCCUCGGAGAUCUACCGGACUUUGCCUGUCCGGGAAGAACUCUUGCGCGCAUUGCUGAAUUCCGACCUCAUUGGCUUCCAUACUUUUGAUUAUGCUCGCCAUUUCUUGUCCUGCUGUAGUAGAAUGCUUGGUCUGUCUUAUGAAUCCAAGAGAGGCUACAUUGGUUUGGAGUACUAUGGCAGGACAGUGAGCAUCAAGAUUUUGCCUGUUGGUAUUCACAUGGGGCAGCUGAAGUCUGUGUUGAGCUUGCCGGAGACUGAGGCCAAGGUGAAAGAGCUUGUUGAGCAGUACUGUGAUCGUGGUCGAGUAAUGCUGCUCGGUGUCGAUGAUAUGGAUAUUUUUAAAGGCAUUAGUUUAAAGCUUCUUGCGAUGGAGCAGUUGCUUGUUCAGCAUCCGGAGUGGCGAGGCAAGGUUGUGCUUGUUCAGAUUGCGAACCCGGCCCGGGGAAAGGGGAAGGAUGUGGAGGAGGUCCAAGCUGAGAGCUUCGCAAUGGUGGAAAGGAUCAAUGAGGCUUUUGGGCAGGAAGAUUAUACUCCUGUUGUUUUGAUUAAUAAGCCUCUUCAGUUUUAUGAAAGAGUUGCUCACUAUGUUGUUGCUGAAUGUUGUUUGGUUACUGCUGUGAGGGAUGGGAUGAAUCUUAUUCCUUAUGAGUAUGUUAUCUCAAGGCAAGGGAAUGAGAAUUUGGAUUUGGUGUUGGGUUUGAGGAGCAAUUCGGCUCCGAAGAAGAGCAUGCUUGUUCUUUCGGAGUUCAUUGGCUGUUCGCCUUCAUUGAGUGGUGCUAUUAGAGUUAAUCCUUGGAAUGUAGAUGCUGUGGCUGAUGCUAUGGUUUCAGCUUUAGAGCUUGCUGAACCUGAGAAGCAGCUUCGGCACGAAAAGCACUAUAGAUAUGUCAGUACGCAUGAUGUCGGUUAUUGGGCAAAUAGUUUCUUGCAGGAUUUGGAGAGGACUUGCAGGGAUCACAUCAGGAGGAGGUGUUGGGGCAUCGGGUUUGGUCUGAGAUUCAGAGUUGUAGCUCUUGAUCCUAAUUUCCGGAAGCUUUCUAUGGAGCAUAUUGUUUCGGCAUAUAGGAGAACGACGACACGGGCUAUCUUGUUGGAUUAUGAUGGUACAUUGAUGCCUCAAGCUUCGAUCGAUAAGAGUCCAAGUGCGAAAUCGAUUGAAAUCUUGAAUAGCUUGUGCUAUGAUAAGAACAACAUGGUGUUUCUUGUCAGUGCCCGAAGCAGGAAAACUCUUGGAGAGUGGUUUUCACCUUGUGAAAAUCUUGGCAUCGCUGCCGAGCAUGGCUACUUUCUGAGAUUAAAAAGAGAUGCAGAAUGGGAAACUUGUGCUCCUACCAUGGACUCUAGUUGGAAACAGAUUGCUGAACCAGUGAUGAAGUUAUACACUGAAACAACAGAUGGUUCAACAAUUGAAGAAAAGGAAACAUCACUCGUCUGGUGUUAUGAAGACGCUGACCCAGAUUUUGGUUCAUGUCAAGCUAAGGAGCUUCUCAAUCAUCUAGAUAGUGUUCUAGCCAAUGAACCGGUCUCUGUGAAGAGUGGCCAUAACAAUGUUGAGGUUAAACCGCAGGGAGUGAGCAAGGGUCUUAUAGCUCAGCGCUUGCUUUCAAAUAUGCGGCAGAAGGGUUUAUUAGCGGACUUUGUUCUCUGCAUCGGUGAUGACCGGUCCGAUGAAGAUAUGUUUGAAGUGAUUAGCACUGCUAUGGCUUGCUCUUCAUUGAGCCCGGAAGCAGAAGUAUUUGCUUGCACGGUUGGAAAGAAGCCUAGUAAAGCAAAAUAUUAUCUGGAUGAUACUGCACAAAUAGUUCGACUACUGCAAGGUCUGGCUUCCGUUUCAGAACAAACGCGGGGUAAUUUACCUUCUGUCUAAUGUUACACUUGUGUCUUGCUAAAAAGUAAAAAGGAAAUGGGAAUGCUUGAUCUUUCUGCUCGGACUUCUGGUUUGUUGUAGCCUUUGCAUGCAGAGUGUAAUCUUCAACAUCAUACUUUCACCAUGUUAUUUUGUUAUUAGGAUGUAUAUAAGUGUAGUAGUUUUUUUUUUAAUCACAAAUUUGCCCCUUUUUUUUUGUUAUUCAUUCCUUUAUAAUCUACAUAUUCAAACAUAACUUGUGCUUUUGCUUAUCGAUGAGUUAGAAAGAUAUUCCAAUAAGCUAUAAUUUGCAUAAACUUUAGUAAUUUGAAUUAGAAACCAUCACUUGGAUAAACUCAAAAUGACAUGGCUAACCUUCUAAAAUUGCUAGUCUCUUAACCAACACAUACAUAAAUAUGUUAUGAAGUUACCUUAUAUGUAUCUGUAUUAUAUAUUAUGAUACUCUUGCCUGUUGUUUAUUGACAUUGAACUGUCGAAGGAAUUCAUUUUUUGUUCCUUUGUGCAUUAAUAUCUUCUUCCAAUGUCUCGAUAUGCUGCUCUUCUUUGUCUUUAAAUCAUUUUGACUGUUUCCUAUUGACUACUCUUGUGAAUGUAUAAAUACAUACCUCUCCACGACGCCGCUGGCCAGCUAAUCAUCUUCAGGUACUCUUACAAUCCUUUUACUUUGUCUACUUUUAACUCCUAAUCUUCAUUUUGCUAGUUAAUCAUCGUAAAGUGUUCUGACUUGCUGUACAGUGUAUAUAGCCAAUGAUGAUUAUAAUAUUUGUUGUUCCUUUUGUUCAAUAAUCAAAUAACAUUCUAGCAACCUAUGAUUACUUCGCUCUGUAUUUCAAAGUUCAUCUACUUUUACCUUAUGUUGGUUUAGAUGCAUUUUGAAACUUUAUUAGCUUUUCUUUUCAUCUUUCUGAAGAUGGUUAUCACUCUGCAUAAUAUCGAUGAACUUCUUGCCGAAAAAUCCUUUGUUUAAAGAGCAAUUACAGGCAUCAAUUUGUUGCAGAAAAAAAAACCCUGAAAUUUGUGUGCAUUUCUACAUGAUUUGCAGCAAUUUGUGUUUUUAGCAGAAUCAGGAACAAUUCAUGGUUUGUUUUGUCAGGGUGACAAAAAGAUGUAAUUGUGAAUUGCUCAAAUUUCAGCCAAGAAUGUUUGAUUGGAUCGAAAAUGGUUGGAUCCUGCA